CUUCAUCUCUUGGUGCCUCACCAUUUUGAGUGUAGAUUCUUGUUCCCUAUCCCUGGGCGACCAUUUCUACCGGUAGAAUUGUUCAUCCAUGCCCUUGUCCGUGUAGGGUGUGCGUUGACCUUUGUGGUUCACUGUUCACUGUCUUCCCCGAUGCUUCUAGCGUUUCUUCUCUGAGUUGCUCCUGCUUCCAUGGGUUCUGGCAAAGCCCAGAAUGCUAAGAAAGCUAAGAAGAAGCUUCCCAGGAGUCCUAAGAAGAUAAGGAGUGGAGAUGAUGUUACGGAUACACCUAGUCUGAAUACGGACAUUGUUAUGGAACUGCUUGAGAAGGAGAAGGCUCAGACUGAUUCUUCCACGUCUGAGACAUCCCCCCCUCAUGUUGAAGAUGUCCCAGACACAUGUGCUCAGGUGGGGAUAACCUCUACGCAAGAGAGCCCCCAGGUGUUCGACAAAAUGCCUGAACCAGAGAAGGAUGCUGCCAAACCUGUUACGUUUGCUGACCUCUUCAAGGGCAAUAGGGACCCUGACCAAGGUAUGAUUCUGAAGCAAUAUGAUGUUGGUGAAGGUGUUCUUCAUAUCCCGGAUUCUAUUAUUAAACCUGUUGAAGAGCUGUGGGGUUUUUGCCUUGUGGGCUGCUUUACUGGAUGCUUCCCUGGCCUCAAGGCAGUUGAUGCUAUUGUUAAAAGCUGGAAUGUACCUUGUAGAAUCAUUUCCCACUGUAAGGGUUGGGUUAUUCUGAAGUUUGAAAAUGACAAAGAUAGAUUGGAUGUGUUGGGCGGGGAAAGGGACAAAGCUUAUGGGAAGGAGUUUAGACUCAAAAUCCCUUCUCAUGGUUUCAUGUUUGAUUUUGCUAAAUUUACCACUCUACCUGUCUCGGUCCAGCUACACUAUGUUCCAUUGCAGCUAUGGUCUGAAGAGGGGAUUGGAAUGCUAGCCUCAAUAGUUGGAAAGCCUUUGAGAACUGAUCUGGUUACCAAACAGCAAGGAAAGGGUAGAUUCUGCACAGUGCUUGUUGAGGUAGAUUUCUCAAAACAGCCUGUGACUAACUUUGAGGUAGCCUGUAUAAGUAAGACAUACACACAAAUAGUGGUGUUUGAGGAAGACCCCAAAUACUGCUUUCACUGCAAAACUUGGAACCAUGGUCCCUUCUACUGCAAAGCCUUGGAGCUGGCAAGGAAGAAGGAAUUGGCAGACUUGGAGGCCACACACAAGGUUGCUAUGGAUAAGCCAAAUGAUCAUAAAGAACCCCCUGGGAAAGCUGGAGCUAGGGACUGGGUACCUACUGAGAAGAAUAUACAUGUUGAACCUAAAGGGGGUUUGUUCCCUUCUUCUUCCAACUACAAGGAGAAGGAUAAAGAACCCAUUCCCAAAAUUGGAGGCCUGGUUGUUGACAACAUGGUUGGAAAGGGAGCUGAUUUGCAAAAGAAGAAGAGGAAUGUAGAUGGAGACAUGGAGAAGAACCUCCGAAUCGUUCUUGACCGUGAGAGGAAACUUUACAUCCUCGAAACGGAUCCUCCCAAGACCCCUAAGGCAAAUGCUUGUGCAUCCGAACUCACUUCCUUCAAGAAGUAUGAGGAUGACGCGCGAGAUGUUAAGUGUAUCAUUAUGGCAAGUAUGACCGCAGAGCUACAAAGGCUCCACGCGGACAUGGAAGUGCGUCCUAUGAUACAACGCUUGAGAGACCUUUACCAGGGUCAACCCCAAAACUCAGAUAUUUACAUUAUCGAAGUCAAUAUGUCUGAUUUCACCUCUUGGGUGAUGGAUACUGGAUGUGGUUCCCACAUCUGUACUUCUAUGCAGAAUCUGCAUGAAGUUAGACAUUUGACUGAGGGAGAAGUCCAGCUUAAGGCUCCAUUCACCGGUCACGCUGAAAGGGCGAGUGAUGUAUUAGGCCUCAUACACUCUGAUGUGUGUAGCCCAAUCAACACUGAAGCUAGAGGUGGUUUCUCAUACUUCGUGACAUUUACUGACGACCUCAGUCGGUAUGGAUAUGUGUAUCUCAUGAAACACAAAUCGGAAUGCUUUGACAAAUUCAAAGAAUUCAGAAACGAAGUAGAGAAACAGUUAGGCAAAAGUAUCAAGACCCUCCGCUCGGAUCGAGGAGGUGAGUACUUGAGCCUGGAGUUUGAUGACUAUCUAAAAGAGCACGGGAUCCUAUCCCAGCUGACUCCUCCCGGUACAGCCCAAUUAAAUGGAGUGUCUGAAAGGAGAAACCGAACGCUGCUCGAUAUGGUUCGGAGUAUGAUGAGUCUGACAACAUUACCAGAGUCUUUUUGGGGAAAAGCACUAUUAACAGCAGCACACACACUCAAUCGCGUACCAUCUAAGGCUGUUGGGAGCACACCAUACGAGCUAUGGUGUGGGACAAAACCAAAUUUGUCGUACUUGAGGAUUUGGGGUUGUGAUGUUUACGUUAGAUGCCUCAUGACGUCUGGUAAGCUAGAUUCCAAAUCUGACAGGUGUAAAUUUGUGGGAUACCUUAAGGAAACGAAAGGGUAUGAGUUCUAUCAUCCGACCGAUAACAAAAUCUUUGUUGCUCGGAACGGAACCUUCCUUGAGAAGGAGUUUCUCUCUGCUAUUUCUAGUGGGAGAAAGGUAGACCUCGAAGAAAUUCGAGAACCACAAGAAGAGAUCUCAAUAGCAGUGGAACCCGAGCGUCAAGAUUUAGUAUCUCGACCGGCUCAGGUUUUACCACGCAGGUCAGACCGGAUGCGUAAUCCUCCGAGUAGAUACGGCUUCCUUGUAUCUGAUGAAGGUGACGUCUUGCUGGUAGACCAAGGCGAACCUGAGACCUACCUCGAGGCAAUCACGUGCCCCGAAUCCGAAGAAUGGCUUAAUGCCAUGAAAUCCGAAAUGGAGUCUAUGUACACAAACCAAACUUGGCUGAGCGAGAACUUCUCCAUGAAGGACUUGGGGAAUGCUAGUUAUGCCCUUGGCAUAAGAAUCUACCGUGAUAGAUACCAGGGGAAUCCAGGUGAAGCACACUGGACAGCGGUCAAAAACAUCCUAAAGUAUCUUCGGAAUACUAAGGAUGCAUUCCUGGUAUAUGGAGGUGAGGAAGAGCUGAAAGUGAUCGAUUACACUGAUGCGAGCUUCCAAACCGAUCGAGACGAUUACAAAUCACAAGCAGGGUAUGUGUUUUGCCUGAAUGGCGGAGCUUUUAGCUGGAAGAGUUCUAAACAGGACACAACUGCCGAUUCAACUACAGAGGCUGAGUACAUGGCUGCUGCCGAAGCAGCAAAGGAAGGUGUUUGGAUAAAGAAGUUCAUUUCUGAACUUGGAGUGGUUCCUAGCAUUAAUGACCCAAUCCUGUUGUUUUGCGACAACACUGGGGCCAUUGCACAAGCAAAGGAACCACGAUCUCACCAAAAGACCAAGCACAUUGUACGACGUUAUCAUAUCAUACGAGAAAUCGUAGACAGAGGUGAUGUAGAGAUUUGCAAAGUAGGAACAGACGACAACAUAGCCGACCCCCUGACCAAGCCCUUAGGAAAGCUAAAGCAUGAGGGUCACACUAGGUCAAUGGGCACUCGACCGAUGCCAGAUUGGCCAUAGUGCAAGUGGGAGAUUGUUGGAGUUGGUUCCCUUAUGGCCAACUGCUGUUGUAAUAUCUUUGAUAUUUUCUAUCAUGUAAAGGCAGAUGCAUUAAGUUUACAAACAUCUCAUGCUAAUGUAAACUCUUAAUUGCAUUCCUAGAAUUAUAUUAUAAGAUGUUUAUCAGAAUGAGUCUUCUGAUGUUGAGACUGACAUCUUGUCACUUAGUAUAAUUCUGAACGGUCUAUAGUCAAAGCAUUAACGAGAGUGGGAUAUCGUUAG